AUGAUCUGGACAAGCUCGCAACUUAUCAUUGGCUUUUAUUUCGAGCGCUAUCGACCCAUUGCCAGCGGUUUCUCAUGCUCCGGUGCUGGCGCUGGCAUGCUCAUCAUCUCCUUACUGAAUACCGCACUUGUUCCGGUGAUUGAUUGGCGCAAUACGAUGCGUGUGCAAGUGGCGCUGCUUAUAUUUGUAUUUUUUAUUGGGAUAGCUUAUUUAGAGGUUUCACCCACACCUAUCGGCGUUGUGGCAAAGACUGAGCCCUUACCGGGCAGCUCAUCCGACGAAUAUUACGGCAAUUUCUACGUCCAUAACUUUCUACGUGACGACACAUCCUCAAAAGCAUCUCACAUUCUUGUGCACUAUCAUCCGGAAAAGAAGCCUAGUCGACUGCGCCGCAUUGCCAAGUGUAUUUCGCCGUGCUUUGCACGUGAAAAGCCUCAGAAAAAGGAAGAGAUUGCCUUGCAUCGAAGUGAAACUUCCCUUUCAGAGAGAAAGUAUAUAAUACGUACCGAUCCCAUACAGCGCGAGGACCUAUUUUAUACCGGACCAGCGGACUAUGAGGAAGCCCAGCAGAAACAGCAGCUCGAAGGAAAGCCUUUGGAGCUUGUGGGUUCCGAGAAGCAAAUGCAAAGAGUUGCUUACGGGUUACAUCACAUACAAGAUUAUGACUCACCAACUACCAGUAAGACGCGCACACCUGGCCAUCCUGCCGAAGGCCGUCGACAUAAGAAGGAGGAGCUGCGUCAGCACUGGCUGAAAACAAAGAUUGCGCGCGCAUUUAAUCGCCUUUUCGACUUUCAUCUGUUGAAGCAUUUUGAAUUCAGGUUGCUACUUUUGUCCGCCUUCCUGUACCCUAUGGGAUUCAACAUACCGUUUGUGUACUCUCGGGCACGUGCGACCAUCCCGAGUAACCAAGCCUUUCUGAUCGGACCAGCGAUAGGGGUCACCAACUUCUUGGUCCGCAUUGCAUGCGGCUUUCUGGCCUACAAGCUGCGUACAUGGACGACUUAUGUGUGCGGCGGAGCCGUUUUUGCCACGCUGCGAGCACUCAUAUACGUCCGGUACCUGGGUCUGGCCAAGCUUACCAAUGCCUUUGGAAUUUCCGCGCUGGCCAUGGGCCUUGGAGUGUUCAUUGGCACGACGAGUGGUGGCGUGCUUAUAGAGCAAACCGGUGGCUAUACAAUAGCGUUUGCUUUUUCCGGAUCCUGCAUAAUGAUAGCGGGCGGCCUGCUUUUAGCUUUGCCGACCAUAGUGCGCAAUCGUGAUAUUAGAAAGCAGAAGAAGGCUAGAGAAUUAAAUAACUGA